AGCUCUGGCCAAAAAUCAACGGUAGCGAAAAUUCCUUGCUCGCAUCGAACUCUCCGCCCGACCUGACCCCCACCCAUCUCCCAUGGCGGCGGCGGCGGCGGCGGUGACGGUGACGGCCACCCGCCUCCACCCUCCUCUCGUCCUCCACUCCGCCGCACGGCCCCAGCCCACUCUCCGCCUCCGCCUCCUCCUCCCCACCCCACCGCCGCUCCGCCUCCGACACCGCUUCCCGCUCCUCGCCGUCGCCUCCGCCGGCGAAGGCCGCGCGGAGGAGGCCGCCGAGAAGAGCGACAAGGCCCGGCAGCUGCAGCGGAGGGUGCUCGUGGGCAUCGCCAUCGGGGUCGGCGCGGGCGGCGUCGUGGUCGCCGGCGGCUGGGUGUUCACCGCCGCCAUGACCGCCGUCGUCCUCGCCGGUGCCCGCGAGUACUUCGGGCUCGUCCGUGGCACCGCCAGCGGCGGCAGCACCCCGCCACCGCGCUACGUGUCCCGCGUCUGCUCCGCCAUCUGCGCCCUCAUGCCCAUCCUUACGCUGUGCUAUGGCCGCAUGGAUGUUCCCCUGACGUUAUCGGCAUUUAUUAUUGCAAUAUCUUUGGUGUUGCAAAGAGGAAACCCCCGUUUCGCUCAGCUAACUAGUUCAGUUUUUGGUUUAUUUUAUUGUGGCUAUCUUCCUUCUUUCUGGGUUAAGCUCCGUUGCGGACUAGCAGCUCCUGCCUUAAAUACAAGUAUAGCACAUAACUGGCCAAUACUUCUUGGUGGGCAAGCUCACUGGACAGUUGGACUUGUAGCAACCUUGAUAUCUAUUACUAGCAUUAUUGCUGCUGAUACAUCAGCUUUCCUAUGUGGAAGGGCAUUUGGACGUACUCCUUUGACUAACAUAAGCCCUAAGAAGACCCUGGAGGGUGCUUUAGCCGGUCUGACUGGCUGUGUGCUUACCACUGUGCUUUUGUCGACUCUCUUUCGCUGGCCAAGAUCGCUGUUGAGUGCUACUGCUUAUGGGAUCCUGAUCUUUCUGGGUUCAUUAUUCGGGGAUCUCAUUGAAUCUCUUAUUAAGCGUGAUGCUGGUGUGAAGGACUCUGGGUCGCUCAUUCCUGGCCAUGGUGGUAUUCUUGACCGGGUCGACAGCUAUGUCUUCACAGGGGCGCUUUGUUACUCCUUCGUCCGAGUAGCUCUACCCCUGUAUGGAGUCUGAUUUACCGCAGCGAGGAAAAUCGGUCUCCUUGUACCUUCAACGACAUUGUCACCCAAUGUAACGUCGUGUUGGGGCCUUGAUGAGAUGGCCAGGAUCAGCUCCCUUGGCUGCACAAUAUGAGAAUUCGGUGGCUGGCUGUAAAGUGGGAUAAGAUCAUAGGAUGUGGCUGCUAACUAAGCGGUGUUUCUUCUUCAUACAGGAUCGAGCUGUUUCUUCUUCGGCGCCAAAAUGGUGAAAACUUGUCACUUUGGUGUACAUAGUUUUUUCUUUUAUUUUUGUAGAGUAAAAAGGGAACGCGGGUGAUUGACUACAAGCUACUACAUAUCUUAAGAUGUGUAUUAAGGUUGUUUAUGGGAUCCUGGUACUUGUUGAUCCCCAAA